GUACAUCCGGUGACGUCACAUCCUAAAAAUGGCGCUUGCUGCACUCACCCGCCAAGCUCGUUGCUCCCUUCCGCUUCGUCAGACUACAUUUACUAGCCGCAGUAGUCAUUGUUCACAGUUUCUGUUUGUAGCAGUUCGACAAUUUGCUUCAAAAAUGGGUUUACCAAGAGUUUUUUUCGAUAUGACUGCCGAUGGACAAUCUGUAGGACGAAUUGUUAUCGAGCUUAGAACCGAUGUUGUACCAAAAACCUGUGAAAAUUUCCGUGCUUUAUGUACUGGUGAAAAAGGUUUUGGAUACAAAGGUUCAUCUUUUCAUCGAGUAAUUCCUAACUUCAUGUGCCAAGGUGGUGAUUUUACAAACCACAAUGGCACUGGUGGUAAAUCAAUUUAUGGAACAAAAUUCGAAGAUGAAAACUUCCAACUUAAACACACCGGUCCAGGUAUUAUGUCAAUGGCAAAUGCUGGCCCAAACACAAAUGGCUCGCAAUUUUUCAUAACAACUGUGAAGACCUCAUGGUUGGAUAACAGACAUGUAGUAUUCGGUUCCGUCGUCGAAGGUAUGGACGUCGUUAAGAAAUUAGAAGCCCUUGGUUCACAAUCCGGAAAAACAUCGAAAAAGAUUGUGGUAGCUGAUUGUGGUCAGUUGUCUUAAAUAUUCUUCCUAAUGAUAAUUUUUUUAAAAAAAACAGUUUUUCUACAAAUUUUAAAAAUUUAUUUUAAUUUCUUUUUUUGGUUUGUUAUUAAUUAUUAACAGCGUAAAAAAACAUCAUUCCAUUUGCAUAAAAAAUAGCAUUUACUAUUCAGUUUCUAUUUUAUCUAGGUAUUCUCUGUUGAAUUCAGUAGCUAUGGUAGACUUUAAAACAAUUGAUAAUCAAGCUGGUUUCAGAUCGUCGUGAAUAUAGUUGCAAAUGACUUCUCAAAAUAAUGUGAAUUAUGAUAAUUGUAAGUUAUACUAAUAAUUGUAUCUCUUGUCAUCCUAAUAAAUAAAAAAAUAUGAUGACUU